UAACUCUUUGCAACCCAAAUCCAAAUCGUCAACAAUUAAUGCAAGAAUAUAAUCUAACAUGGAACCAAAUCAAGCAGGAAAAUAAAACCUUCAUCAAUAAAAAGAUUCAGGACUAUUUUAAUGCUAUUCCUUCUCAUACCUAUUCCCAUUAUUCAAAAUUAACACAACACAAUCCGAAUAAUUCAGACUAUAUUGAUACUUCACCUUUAAUAUCAAGGAAUAUAUCUUCGCAACCAAAUGACGAAGAAUUACCUAAAAAUGCCAUAUGUCAGCAUGAUUCAGUUGAAAAAAUAAAUGCAGCUAAUAAAAAAAUAAAAGAAUUUGAACAAAUGUAUAGCAUUUCUACAGAUAAAUCAUUUAAAGAAACAUUAGUAUCAAGCAUAAUUAAUGAAAAAAAAAAUAGUUACAGAGCAAACAAAGAG